CGGGCUGUCCGCUGGGGCCCGGACCGGGUCUGCGGUUCUCCCUCGGCUGGGGGCGGAAGCGGGGGAGCCGCGGAGCUGCGCGCGCUCGGACGAUGCCCUCCGGCGCUGGCCGCCCGCUGCCCCGCCGUCUUCGCAGCCCUCGCUGGCAGACGCCGCGGAGCCCAGGUAUUCCUUUAUUAUUUUUCAUGUGUGGACUGAGUCCUGAUCAUAACUGUACGGUAUUAGGUGCCAUUGAAGAGUGGCCACAAACAAAAUGGAAAUGAAAGAAAUUUCUAAACAGAAGACAUUAUGGAAAAUGAGCUCUACCGGCAAAUCUUUACCAUUUACUGGUGGAGAAGUGAGUCCUUUGAAGAAAUUCACAAUUCCAAAGAUCAGGAAGACAUCUGCAAAAGUUUACUUGUCACCUUGUUGCACCAAUACUAGAGAGUAUAGUUUUAUACAUGACACUCUUAACCAGUGUAGGCUUGAUGUAAGCUGUGAUCUCCAAUCAUCGUGGCAGUUUGGGGAUACAAAACUGGUUCACAAUGAGGAACUGGAAAAAAAUUUUACUACUAAGAGAUCUGAAAUGCGUGAGAGUGGAAGACAUGGAAGAGAACUUGAAGAACUUUUCUGCUUUUUAGCACUUCCUCAAAGAGAUGUAGAAGAGAUAUACCAGAAUGGAUUAAGUACCAGAGCGUCUACUUUGAAGAUACUAGGAAAUCCUCUUCUUGGAGUUUACUUAUUUAGACAUGUCGAUAUUGCCCUGAAUUAUGCUUAUAGUCAAAACAGUACAGUGAAAAGUAUUAUGAUUUUUAAGGUUCUCUUUGGGAAAGUAAAAAAAAUUCAACCUUCUAUGGAUAUAAACAAACUUCCUUUGGAUCCUUUUCCUAACUUUGAUUGCCACAUGUCAAGAAGUGUACCGUCUCUGAAAGAUACCAUCGAGCUACAAGCCUACAAUUCAGUUGUGUAUUUCUAUGAGUACAGUGUCUUUUCAAAGCCAGUAGAUAAACCUAGGCAGUGUCUUCCAUAUGGGAUAGUAACGGUAAAAUUUAUUGGUCAAAAAAUGGAUAUUGGGCACCUUACCACAUCUUUGAGAUUGCUUACAACAGGAUUUCCUAAGAGACCUGAAAGAACAUGCUCUCUGAAUAACUGUACAGUGGCCAAAAGAAUUGGAAAGGGAAAAGAUGCUACUGUAAUUUUUGAGCAUUUCAGGAAACCUGUAGAUUCAUUUGUUCCAGAAAACUGUUCAUGCAGUACACAAAAUUCAGAGAUAAAUUGCUUCGAUGCAAAUAUUUCUAGUUCUUAUGAAAAUGUGCAAAAUGGAAACAUGUCUAUACUUGAUACAUAUAGUGGGCAGUCAGAGAACAGUUUAGCCGAAAUUGGAGGUAAUUUUCAAGGACAGAUGUAUGAUUCAAGUCCUCCUUUUGUGCCCAGUGAUAACAGAGAAAAUGGUAAAGGUGAUCAUGUGUCUUCCACAUAUCUUAAAGAUAUUUUAAAUGUUAUGUCUACUACUCAUAUGCCUCACAAUAAUAUUGACUCAAGUAUAGUAAUUACAUCAAAAUUCAUCAAAGACCCAAGACUGAUGAAAAGAGAAGAAAGUAUGGGGAAACAAAAUAAUCCUACAGGCUUCAGUGAGACUUUGUCAUUUGAGAAGAAUUUAGAUGGUAAUUCAGAAAUGAACCUGUCACAUGUGCCAACUAAUUCUGCAUCUUCAUCUGAAGUUACCGUUCAUGAUUGUGCUGCUCUUUCAGAUUGUUUGGAUACCACGUGCUGCAGAUUAUUUUUUGACUCACCAUCUGAGACUCACAACAUGGGUGCAAAGGACUGUGAUUGUAUAACACCUAAAAAAGUUACUUGGAUUAGACAGUAUAACAACCAAGGCAGUUUUUCCUUCCCAGUGUCUUUGUUAAAUGUUUCAGAGCUUGAGAACCAAACACAGAGUGAGGAAAAGGCCCAGGGAACCCCAGAGAGAAACAGUGUUCCACUUUUAAUUAAGCAAAGCAGCAAGGCACAUAGCUGUGCUUACACAGAAGACUCCAAUAGUCAUAUCUCAAAGGAAUUCUCUUCGUCUAACUUUAACACUGUAAUUCAUAUUGAUCAUCCUAUGUCUGUUUUCCCACCCCAAAGGAAAGAAAGCAUAGAUGAAUGUAUUCAAAAUACUGGCAAGAUAAGAAACUUCACUGACCCAGAAGACAGUUACAGAUAUGAAGAAAAGCAAACUUUGGAAAAAGAUACUGAAAAUUAUUUCACAAAUGAAACAAAAAUCACUCCAAAGAAUAAUUACAUUUCUUCAUGCCAAGAAUACAAUGAUGAUGAAACCCUUAAUUCUUUGGGAGGAAAUAGGGAGGAAUCUCCCAUGUUUACCACAGAGGAUAAUAAACAGCAUCACCUAGCAUUGGAAUUAGAAAACAGUCUUACUUUUAAUACAGCAUGCCUUUCACAAAAUCAUCCUCAACAUUCCAUGAAUUAUGAAGAUAGCAUGUGUACAAGUUUUGAGUUUUCUCAAAAGCUAAGGAAGGUGAAUUUGGAAAAAACAGAUCAAAAUUGUGUGAGCAUUAUAACUGAUGCUUUCCAGGAACCAAAAGACAUUCCUCAGACCAGAGAACUGCUUGCUAAUUCUAUAACUAUGUUUCACAGUAUUGAAACAGCCCUUAACAAUUCAAAUCGCAGCAAAACUAGAGAAUAUGUAUGUGUCCAGAGGAAAAAUGACAAUAAGCCAAUGUCAUUAGAGGCCAUUCAAAGAGACUGCAAAGAAACUGCUUAUAUUGAAAAUGAAGAUCAGGCUCACAUUCUGUCUGGUAAUGAACAAUUGAGUGAUAAAUACAUAAAUAUUCAUUUCAAAGGGCUAGGAGAUAAUGAUAAAGAAAACAAAAAUGAAGUCAAAGAGGAUGAUAGAACUUCAUCUCCAGAAAACAACGUAGAGACUAUAUAUGGAAAUGAAAAGCAAGAAUACCAUGCAAACAGUACUUUCACUAUUACAGAAGACAGGAAAAAGAAUAAAAAUGGGAACAGAGUAGAAAUUCUCAAUUCUGAACACAUUUCUGGUACAAGCUUGAUUUGGGGAGAAAAACGUAUAAUACCAGAAACUACAUUAUUAGACAAUGAAGAUACUCUUGCUGCUAUGAAACAAAGAGAUAUGCAGAACACUGGAAGAAAUGCAGAGCAUUUGGCUUUGACAGCAUUUCUUGAAAUUGCAGGUUCUUCAGUAGUAGGUGUAGCUUCAAAUCCUGCAAUAGAGUUAGCUAGUCCUUCUUUGCGUACAUUAAGUGCAAAUCAGGAAGCUCAGCAAAGACACCAGUUUAAAGAAACUCAUAUUUCUAAGAGUCCAGAUUUUGGUCUGUCAGUAAGCCACAGGAUUAUUGAUUAUGAAAUUAAUGUGGAUAAAAAUAAAUUACAAGAUCCAACUCAUCGACCAGGGAAUGAGAACUCAAUUCUUCCAAAUUUUGAUGUGGCAAGUGAGAUUGAAUUAGAAUUGGAAACAUAUGAUGAGUCUUUUUUAUUUCAUCAAAAUAGCCAUGAAGAUAUACUUGAUGAAGAGUAUGAGGCUCUGAAGUCUCGUAUCGAUUGGGAAGGUCUGUUUGGAAGCAAUCAUAGAAAGAUGGACAAUUUGGGAAGCCCCACAAGAGAGAAUGCAGACCAGCAUCACUCUAAGAACACUAUUUCUUCUACUUACCAAAAAAACCUGUACCCAAUUUUACUUCCAGAUCUACAGGUUAGAAUUACUAAUACAUGUAGACCAACAUUUAGUCCCCUUGAUGAUACCCUUUCAGUGAAAGAUAAUUUUUACAAAUGUUCUACAAAAGCCACAAAAGCAAGAAUGAAUGAAGAGGGGAAAGAUACAGGAUUUGAAAUUUAUUCCAAGUCGUCUUGUGGAAAUUCAGGAUAUCCAUGUGAAGAUCAGUUUGGUGAUUCCAUACAGGAUUCAGGACUUGUGAAUAAAUCUGUAAUGUCCCAUUCUUCUAACUUGAGCCACAAUACUGGUAAGAAUCAUAUGUCUGGAAAAAAAAACAAUGAAUCAUUUUCUACUGAAUCCUCUAAUGUCACAACAAUAAAUGGUAACCCCACAUGUUUAUUCACAAAACCAAAAGCUGACUUUAAUGAUACUAGAAAUAAAAAGGACAAGGAAUCAAGAAUUAGCAAACAUAUAUCUUUUAAGAUUCAAAACACGUCACAUAAAAAUUUGAGAUGGCGUGAAAGUUGUGAGAAGGAAAGGAGACUAUCCAACCAUGACUCAUCUGAGUGUUUUUCUUCAUUAUCCCAAGGACGAAUGAAAACAUUUUCACAGUCAGAAAGGCACAUUAGAAAUGUCCUAGAUAUUUUAAAUAGUGAAGCAUCUUUGUGUAAAAGCAAACGCCUUUCCAGAAAACUAAACAGAGCUGUUCUUCACUUAAAGAAAGCUCAUAGAAGAAUUCGCACAUCUUUGCAUCUUAUAGCUAAAGUGGGAGAAAGAAGAAAGGGCCCAUUGCCUAAAGCAUAUGAAAUAACAUGCAACAAUUUUUGGGAAAGCUGUGACCUUCAAGGUUAUACUUCUGUGUCUGAAAGAAGAUAUUCCAAGCAUUUUUUAUCAAAAAUAAAAUAUGAUAAACUUGGGGAAAGAGCUUUUGGCUUUGAUAUUAGUCAGUCUGUCUGCAUGUCAAAGCACACAUCAUACAAAACAAAUGGAGAGAAGAUUGCAAUGUGCCAUUCCAAGAAAAGUGCGACUAGCAGUAUCUCCAAAAGUCACACCAUUGUUCAUGCUAGAGAAUUUUGUGAUGAACACCAGUAUCCUGAAUCACAGUUAUCACUGUUCUCUAUAUCCAAAAGUACACAUCAACCAGAAUAUGAUAAUAACAGUAUGGAAUAUUUAGUAUCAUCAGAGUUUAAGCCUUUUUCUGGAAAAACUGAGUAUCUGCUUUACUCAGAUGAUAAACAGUCUGAAAAUCAAACUGACACAAAGUUAUCGAACAUUAGUAAAUGUGAAAAGCUUAGGAACCAUUCAGCAUAUCACAAGGAUGUGGCAAAAAAGAAUUCUGAAACUAAUGAAGUGAUAAGUAAAAGUAGUUUAGUAUCUUUAAGGGGAAGAAAAAAAACCAAUGCAAGUUAUAGAACAGAGAAAAACUGUCAGGUAGUAUGUCUAGCCCACACAAAAGUGAAAACUGACCUACUUAUUUCUACCUUAAAUUCCAAUAUGAAACUCCUUUUAAAUAUUGAUACCUACAAAGGAGAUAAUUGUAUUAUAUCUGGCUGUCAAAAUAACCCGAAAGAAAGUUUUCCUGUAGAAAGGUGGAUAGCUCCAACUGAAAACUAUAUGAAUCCAUUCAACAUAAUUUUAAUAUCAAGCAAAAAGUACAGUGCUCUUCAGUUAUCUGCCACUCCAGUGACAGAUACUGAGGGAGAAUCUUCAAAAUCUUGUUUGGAUAAACAGAGAAUUCUUACUAUAGAUUAUUCCUCAACACCAACUACUGUGUCACACUUUCAGCAGAUAAAUGGAGGAAAGGAGCUUCUAAAGACACAACGGUCUUUAAGUUGUGUCUAUUUAGAAGAGAAUGAAAGAAAUACUACUGAGCAUUCAGAACUGAAUCUAAUGGUAACUGAAGAGAUUAAAAGUUACGGUGAAAAUAUGAAGAAACUAUCUUUCAGUGAUAGUUCUCUGCUCUGCAAAGGUAUUAUAAAGGAUUUUUCAAAAAAAUGUAUUGUAAAGAAAGAUACUUGGAGCAGAAAAAUUAGGAAAAUUGAGCAAGCAGAAAAAGCAAAAGAUUCAUUUUACCAAAAAAGUAUGUCUGAAGAAUCAGUUAAGAGUGAGCACAAAAAUAAAAAUAAGAUCCUAAAAGAAAAGCCCUUUCAGUUAAAUAUGAAAACAGUUAAAAGUAACUUGAUUGAUUCUCACCUAAGCAUUGAAACUACUCCAGAGGCAGUCUAUUUGAAUAACACGGUUUCUAGCAGGCUUAACAUAAGAAAAAGGGAGGAGAAGAGAAGAACAAGUAGUGCCUGUCAGUUUGGCUAUAUUUCCAAGCCAGGCAUUCUGAAAAUUGAUCACAUGCCUAUUCUCCAUGCCAACUCUGAAACUUCUAAAGUUCCUGUUAUUCAGAAACCUACAAAUGUGAAUGAAUUAAAAGAAAAAAAUUGCUCAGUUAUUCAUACAGCUCUUGUAACAGAGCUGUCUGAGAUUUUACAGAGGGCAGAUAAAGCAUCAUCUUUGGAGAUUCUGGAGGAAGAAACUAAGGCUUGUCAUAAUAUUCUCCCUUUAUUUGUUGAAGCUUUUGAAAGGAAGCAGGAAUGUUCACUUGAACAAAUUCUCAUUUCAAGAGAGCUGUUGGUAGAACAAAAUCUGUGGAAUAAUUGCAACGACAAAUUAAAACCGUGUGCUGUUGACUCUUUGGUAGAACUUCAAAUGGUAAUGGAAACCAUUCAAUUCAUUGAAAAUAAGAAAAGGCUCUUAGAAGGUGAACCAACAUUCCGAAGCUUGCUUUGGUAUGAUGAGACAUUGUACAGUGAGCUUCUUAGCAGGCCACAUGGAUAUCAACUGCAAUCUAGUUUCUACCCAGCUUUUCAAGAAAGGUUAAAAUAUAAUGCAUUCUGUGAGUUGCAGAAUUACCAUAGUCAGUUAAUUGAAUUGUUUACUGAAACAAAAAGGGAAAAUAACUCAUACUAUGCAUUAUUAAAAUAUAGACGACAGAUUAGUGAAUGUGAAGCCAUAAUGAAACAGUGUUCUGAUUGCUUUAACUUUGCUCUUUCCAUUCCGUUUACCUGUGGAGUUAACUUUGGAGAUAGUUUAGGAGACCUAGAAAUCUUAAGAAAAAGUACCUUAAAACUGAUCAGUAUAUAUGGAGACUGUCCUACAGGUCAUUCAUAUCCAGGAAAACAAGACCAUCUCUGGAUUAUUAUAGAAAUGAUUUCCUCAAAAGUUAAUUUUAUCAAGACCAAUGAGGCAAUAAAUAUUAAAGUCUCUCUUUAUGGUCUAGAACACAUCUUUUUUGAUGCUGCAAAAAAUCUUGUUUGGAAAGAAAAGAGACAGUCUCUCAGCAAAAAAUACUUACAAAAGAAAGAAGUGAUACAUAAAAUGAAUGAAUGGGCUCUAUCUAAAUUGCAAAAGAUAUGUGAUACUUUGUCUGAAAAUUUAAACAAUGAACCAUCUUGCAAUGUGGAGCUUAAGGAAGAUACUAUGAUCACUUCCAGAAAGUCAGAUAGUCUGAUUUCAAUAGAAAAAAGUACUUUGUUUUCACACUCAGGUAUUAGUAUUAGUGAAAUACUGGAUCAGGCUGAAUUUGCAGACUUAAAAAAGUUACAGGAGCUUACUUUGUUAUGUACAGAUCACUUAGAAACUUUAAAAAAAUAUUUUCAGAUGCUGCAAGAAGAAAACAUAGAUGAAAUUUUUAUCACAGAAGAAAACGUUUUAGACGUGCCAAAAAAUCAUAGACAUAGGGCUGUACUUUUAAAGCCGGAAGCAACUGAAACAUAUAUCGAAAUCUCCAUGCUUUCAGAAACAGUUCACUUUCUUAAAAACUCAAUGGCAAAGAAAUUAGAUAACCAAAGAUUUCGAGGUAUGCUUUGGUUUGAUUUGUCACUUCUUCCUGAACUGGUUCACUGCCAAGAAAAAAUGCUUUCUUUCUCAUUUCUUGACGAUAACCCAAGAGAUUGCCUUAGGAAAGCAGUAGAAACUGGUAUUUCUGAGUGUAAGAAAGAUCUGGAUGUCAUCUACAAGUACAGUGAUGCUGUCAAUUGUUCAUAUGCUGUUCAUUUAUUCUCAAGGGAACUGAAAGAACUUUCAGAAAUAAAAAAGCUCCUAAAGAAAUCAGAGUACCCCUUUUCCACAUAUAUUGGUUUUGUCCCAUAUAUAAUAUCCAUAAAUUAUGGAAACACUGUGAUGGAGUUAGAACACAACUAUUAUCAGUUGUCUACAAUACUCAAAUGUGUAAUGUCUGUCCCUCAGAAAGAUGUAGGAAAAAUUGCCCAUAUUAUGAAAGUUAUGAAAACAAUUGGCCAUAUGAAAAUUAUAUGUGCUAAAAAUGCUAAAUUAACCACUCCUUUUAUCCUAUGCCAAAUGCUGCAUAACAAAACGAAUAAUUCCCAACCGAAGAGAAAAGAAAAGUUGAACGUUCAUUUUACAACACCUAAGGAAAAUACCAGACCAAAUAUUUCUGCAAAGGUACCCUCAACUUCAGUGUACAUAAUCAAAAAUGUUUCAAGCUCAUCUAAAAGGCAGCCUAGUGCUCUGGACAAGUGUGAAGACUCUCAGGAAAAAGAGAAAAAUAAUAUUUCUAGUUCUAAGAAGAGAAAGAUUAACAUGAACCAUGCCUCAGGUAUCAACAGAGAGAAGGCAGUGCUCCGGUAUCUAAGGACUACAAGAUCUCAUCCCAAGGGUGAAAACAAAGUAAGAUCCAGGUCAUCUGAAAAUCUGAAAAGAAACUAUGUAUCUCCAGAAAGGGAUGAAAUGCAGACAUCACUAAGUGACUCACUUCCGCCUUUAAAGAACCCCCAAGACACUGGGACAUCAGAGUCAAAAAGCAAAAUAGAUUUAACUAAUAGUUCACACCAUGUCUCAAAACAUCUCAUUGAACAACAGGAAAAUUUAAAUAGCAUAAAGAAAAGAACUGUGAAUUUUGGAGCUCCUGAAGCAAAAAGUUAUAGAAAAGAUUAUGCUGCUUUUGCAACUUGUGACCAGAAAAGUAUAAAUGGCAUUUUGUCGAAAGACCAAGAUACGCCUUCACAGAAACUUCCUAAGAAUCUCCCAGAUCCUGCACGACAAACUUGUCUUUUAAACAUAAAGUCAGCAACUGAUGACUCUCUUGUGUCUAACUCAUUACUGCUCUCAGAUCCUAUUUCUCAUUCUGCAGGGGAUAUACAUACCAACCUAGAAAUAAGUGAGAUGGCCUUAGAACAUCAAGAUAAUGAGGUGUUAGAUUCAUCUAUUAAUAAGUCCACAUGUGUCGGUUUUCCAGAACCUUUAUAUAUCCAGAGAAGAAUUCUUGAUACAUUAAGUCCCAGUCCUGUACCUUUUGGAGCGUCUGGAAGUUUAACCCCUCAUGUAAAUCAAACAACAGAAUAUUCCUCUUCUGAACAGCAGGAUGUAGAGAAUCCAAAAGUCCUAACUCAGAAAGCUGCCACAUACUGGGAUGAAUUUCCACAGUCUACCUGUGCCUCAGUAUAUAAUUCUUCUGAUAAUUCACUGGGAACUCCAUACUAUGCUUGGUGCAUCUAUCAUUACAGCAGCAGCAAUGGCAAUGCCAUUACCCAUACAUACCAAGGGCUAACAUCAUAUGAAGCACAGUCACCUCCUCCUGGAAUAUUGACCACACUUACAAGUACUGUCCAAAACACACAUUCUAAUCUUCUAUACUCUCAAUAUUUCAGUUACUUUACCCAUCAGCCACAAACAAAUGCCUUUGUGCCAGCAAGUGGAUAUUUUCCGUACCAGAUGCCUAUUUCUUAUUUUCAGCAACCAAUUGUUUCACAAUAUGCUUCUUAUCAGCCAUUACCACAAGCUGUUUACCCUUAUCCUCCUACUCCAGGUGUGCUGCCAGAAGCUUCUUGGAUUUAUGCUCCAUGGCAACAGCAACCUUUUCAGCCAAGACACUGAAAAUACUCUUUCUACUGAAAUAAAGUAUAUUUAACAGGUUUUUUCCAAGUGUUUAUCUACAUAUUUUUAUUUUAAUAUCUAUCAUUUAUAUGUAUAGAACUGUGGCUUAUAAACAUGAUAGCCCUUUGUAAAAUGUGUAAGUGCAAUAAUACAUCGCUUAAGAUAACAGGAAAUUAAUUUGUAACAUCUGAAAUAUCAAAGUUUUUUCCAGGUAAUUCUGAAAGGAGUUAAUUGAGGAGUUGAUAAGAUUAAGGUUAGCGGUAGUAAUAAAAUAUUUCAAACUAGGUUUUUGUUUUUUAAUACAUAGUUUAUUUUGCCAUUUUAUUGAGCUGUAAAAGAAUCUUCUUUCUUGAACUGGCCAACAGACCAGUAAUUUCAUAAAUCUUUACCCUUUACUGAUAUAUUUUACAAUUUCAUAGCAAAUGCCUUUAAUUUUUUACUAUUUUUACUUAUAUUUUUAAACAAAAUAUUGGUUCACAUAUUUUCAGUUUCAUUGAAUGAUUUUGAAAUUUCUUAUUUGGAAACAGUUCUAAUUAUGUAGGAAUUAAAGCACAUUCAAUGACUUUCUAUAAGCAUUCUUCCCACAAUUUUUCUUUUAUAUGUGUAUUUUAUAUACAAAAUACAAAUAUGUAUUUUAUAACUUAAAUUGUUCUUUUAAUAACUUUUAGGAAAUGUUUGUAUUUAUGCAAUUCAGCUGUAUUAUAAUAAUUUAAAUAAUGCUGCAAUAUUCUGGUUAUAGUGAGGUUUUUUCCACAUUUUGCAAAAGUAAAAAAUUUCUUAGUAGUAAUCAUCAUAGGAUAAUAGGAUGGUAGUGUGCAAAUAUGCCUUGAGCAACAUCUUUCUUCAUGUGUUACCUUUCUCACUCAACCAUUCUUGUUCUAAGAUACCAGUCAGAAAAAUCCCUCGGAACUGAAUGAAUCUUUUUCAACUGCUAGUAAGCCUUAAAAUGGGACAAGAGGUUUGCAUUGGUUAAAUCUAAAGAGAUAGCCAAGCUUAAAAUUUUCCUCAAAGUUUUAUUAGGAAAUUUUAUUAUCUAGCACAGACAUUAAUUUUGCUACGUUUAAUGUGGAGUAACUUGUUUUUCAAUUCAGAAGGACUGAGAUUAACCAAAUAGGAUGAAAGUCUGGAUUUAUUAACAACACAGCUGUUUAAAAGAAGAAAUUCAAGCACAGAACUGUAAUUGAAAGAUAAAGAAAUGAAAAGACAAUAGACUUAAAACAAUAGUAAAAUAUUUUUUUAAAAGUUGUUUGAAGUCAGGUUUCAUGAACCAGGUAUGAAAGCAAUUAACAUUAACUGUUAUUCAAGAAAUUACUUUGUCUCAGCUGUUUCACUUGUUUGUUUAUGGAAAGAUGUCACAAAGUUUAUUAAUCUUUCUGAGGCUGAGGAUGUAGCUCAGUGAUAGAGCCUUUGGCCUGCCAUGCAUAAUGCCCGGGGUUCAACCCUCGGUUCUACAAAAGAAACUAUACUCUGUUAAACCAAAAGUCAAAUGUUCUAAUUAAGUACUCUUCAACAACUUUCAGAUUCUGUUGAUAAUGUCUCAAUGAUGUUAUUUUAUUUCUUUUUUAAAAAACCUAUACUUUGACAAAAUUCAGAACCCUGAAGUGUUUUCCUUUUUCAUCCCUCAAGUAUAUGCUUUGAUUUUAACAUUAAGUAAAAAAUAAAACUGAAUAAACAUCAUAAAAGAAAAAAGCUGGCUUGUUUAGAAGUGUUGUUUUGGAACUUGAAUUAUCUGAAUAAAGUGUGUGUCUUCUAAUUUCA